AUGCUGCUGAAAAUAUGGAAAUUCUCACUCGUCGAAGUGACCCCACACUUCGUUGGUCUCGCAGAUCAAGGAGACCGAACAAAGGCUCAAGUUCUACCAAGACCAGACGACGAGAGUGAUGAAAGAUGUACGAACGUCAUUUCCGGCACAACUCCAUUCAUGGAAGACGUCCGAUCUCGUCUCGAAAGAAUCGAGAACAACACUUCUGACAUCACGAAACCAUCCGACCUCAACGACGCUAAUGCUGCCCUCGCCAUUCGUUGGGACGAAAUACACCAAGACGUUCAGCGAACGAAGGAACUCCUUGAGCUGCACAACUCCCAGAAGCGGUCCUUCGAGAUCAACCUACUACAAGGACGUCUCGAUGCGAUGAAAGCCAACUUGCAGCACUCACUACUGCCAACUUCACUCGUGCCACGCGGAGCCCACUCCACAUAG